UCUCUCCAAAUCUUCCAUCAAUACCAACCAUGUCAUAAUUUAAUAUCAAUGAAUAAAAGGCAAUCCCAAUGAAAAUUUGCCCAACUAUUAGAUCAACAAUAAAAGAGCAGAAAACAAUAAAAUACUGAAUUAUUUUGAAACACUUGUAAAUACAUAAAUUACUAUAAAAUAAAAUUGAAAGACAUGUUUAUAAAUAAACACAAAUGUAUCAAGUGAACAUUUAGUUUACAUUUUCAAGGUAGGCCAAAUUUUGAUCUGAAUUGAUGUCAAUUAUUUGGAAUCCACUUUUGAUUUUAAAAUUUUAUUGAAUCUUCCAACCGCCUAAAGGUAAUGUACCAGAAAUGAGUGUAAAAAAAGCUUUCCUUACUUUACCUUUUUGUUAAACAAUACAAAUAUCUUGAGAUGUUGUAUUAACAGCAAAUUGAAAUUGAUUUAUCAGCUAAUUCCUUUUAUUUGUGUUUGACUAAUAAUCUUGUAUUUACUUAAUCAUUUCCUUGAGAAUCAUCGUAACAUCAUUAAGAUAAAUACUGUAGUUACAGUGGAAACGAGGAAAGGCAAAAAGCAAGUUCAUGGUUUGGAAAGCAAGAAAAGCUGAAAGGAAGGUUAAAAAAAAGGUGAUUUGUAUUGAUCAUGUUUUACUUGAUUCAAUUUUUGUCCUGAAAGAAACAAAAAUACUGUGAACAAAACCACCACAACAAGAUAUAAAAACAUGCAUUCUAACCUAACUAACCUUACCUUUUCGGUUCCCUUAACACUCCAAAUUGGCCCACCCUAACAAGUACAUGAAAACUGUUAUAUUGAACCAUUGUAACCGCCUUAAUGUAUUUAUGAUAGUCCAAUGGAAACCAGUUCUGUAGUUGAUUGUAACCACCUUCAAUUUAAUAGUAACCAAUGAACGUAUUAAAGGAUAGACUCUUCAUGUUAAACGAAUCUCAUUAUUUACAUUUUAACCUUUUUUUGUUCAUUGUUGAUCAACACAACAACUUAACAGUUAAUAGUAAAUGAAAUAACACAAUUCACAAUAAGAUCAUCAAACGUGAAACAAUCAACACCAACACAGCAACACAAAAAAUAACAACAAAAACAACAACAAUAGUAACAACAAGCAAGCAAAAGUAAUACACCAAAAGUGACAACAAAACAUCAACAAUUAACGAUUACCGAUUAAUCGAAAUUGAAGUUUUUCCUUUUCUGUGAAAUGUUAAAUUGUGAUUAAGUUAAAUGCUUUCCUUUUUACUCCAAUCAUUUGGUUAAUAUUUUUGGUUGAUAUAAAAAUUGGUUGAAAAAUUUGGCUUCAAAUUUUAACCUCUUCAAGACACCAUUUGGAUUAAGUGUUUUUUACAGUGAUUAUUGAUUAUUUAAUGAACAUCCAACAGAGUAAUGCUGCUGUUGUGGUUCCUGUUGUUACUCUUGUUGUUUACCUUACUCCAAUGAACUCCAUUGAGUACAAUUAAUGAUUAACGUUAAGUUAUUAGUUACAAUUAAACCAGCAACAAUUACAGACGCCAAGUUAUUCAGUUUUAAUCUGUCUCAUCUUUCAAAUGACUCAAUUCAUAAUUGUGAAAUGUUUCUGUGCAAUAUUGUUGAUUAAUACAAUGACCGUAUCGGCCUGUGGUCCAGGUCGUAGUGGAGGCCGUCGCAGGAUACCUCGUAAGACAACUCCACUAGUCUUGGAGCAACACAUUCCCAAUGUAUCGGAAAACACUUUAAGUGCCUCUGGACCCAGUGAGGGUAAAAUCAAUGAAACUGAUUCCCGUUUCACCAAAUUAGUGCCCAAUUACAAUCCGGAUAUUGUCUUCAAAGACGAGGAAGGAACCGGUAUCGAUAGGAUUAUGACCACGCGAUUGAAAGAAAAGCUGGACAUUUUAGCAAGUUUGGUACAAAACCAUUGGCCUGGAAUCAAAUUACGUGUAAUUGAAGCUUGGGACGAUGGAAGUCAAUUUAAUCCCGAUUCCUUACACUAUGAAGGACGAGCGGCUGACAUAACAACAAGUGAUAAAGACAACAGUAAAUACGGAGUUUUGGCUCGACUUGCAGUAAUAGCUGGCUUUGAUUGGGUCCUUUACGAGUCUCGAUAUCAUGUUCAUGUUUCCGUUAAAUCAGAUAAAGCAGCUUUAUCCCGGUCAGAAGGUUGCUUUACAGGUGACAGUUUGGUCUACACUCGAACUGGUCCAGUUGCUCUGUCCAAAGUUAAUGUUGGACAAGAGAUUCUUUCCCUCGAUUCCAAUGGGCAAUUUACUUACAGUGAGAUAUUACUUUUUCUUGACCGUCAUCCAAAUAUUGAAACACUUUACGUUAAUCUGAUCACUGAAACCGGUAAAGUGAUUACUUUAACUCAAUCCCAUCUUAUCUUUGCCUAUCAUCCAAUUACAAAUGUAACUACCUCAUCAUGUUCAUCACCUUUAACCUCAUCAAACUCAUCAUCAACAUUAACCUCAUUUGUACAAAAUUCAAGUCACUCAAUACCACCGAACCCUUCACCCUCUACUUGGACAUUAUCCUCUUCAACUGAUCCAAGUGACCAAUGGACGGCUAUCUUUGCUUCAUCCAUUCAACCCGGGAUGUUCAUUUCAACUUUACCAAUCAGUUUGUCUAGCAAUCAACCAUUUAGUUUACAUGAGGUUCAGUUGAAAGCCGAAAAGGUUGUUAAAGUAACUCAAAGUUUAAGGAAAGGCGCUUAUGCACCUUUAACCCGAACUGGCAAUCUAAUUGUUAAUCAAAUUGUUGCUUCAUGUUAUGCAGUUGUCAAUGAUCAUGCUUUGGCUCAUCUUUCCUUCUUACCUGUCAGACUUUAUCACAAUUUAAUAGAAUCUUUAAAUUAUAUUAAAAAUUGGUUAACAAAUUCAUCUUCAUCUUCCCUAGCCACACAAAGGUUCAUGCAGUCAUCAAAGUCAUCUAUAACAUUAUCACAGCCAAAAUUAGAGACCAAUCAAGAUGAUAGAUUAUCAUUGAAUAAUCAAAUCAAUGGUACCAAGUAUAAUGAAAUUAAUGUCAACUCUAAUAACUUAAAUAAUGGCAUUCAUUGGUACCCUAAAUUACUCUAUACACUUGCCAAAUAUGUAAUUAGUAAUGAUUAUAUGUAUUCCUAGGAUUAUUAAUUAAAUCAAUUUCAAUUUUUCUAUUCUAAA